AUGAACGUUGCUGAAGAUAUACGGCCAAUGAAGAUUGCUGAAGAUAUACGGCCAAUGAAUGUUGCUGCAGAAAUACGGCCAAUGAAUGUAGCUCCAGAAAUACGGCCAAUGAAUGUAGCUCCAGAAAUACGGCCAAUGAAUGUUGCUGAAGAAAUACGUCCAAUGAAUGUAGCUCCAGAUAUAUUGCUAAUGAAUGUAGCCCCUGAAACAUGGUCAAUAAAUGUAGCUCAAGAAAAACUUCAAAUGAAUGUGGCUCCAGGAAUACGGCCAAUGAAUGUUGCUCCAGGAAUACGGCCAAUGAAUGUAGCUCAAGAAAUACAGGCAAUGAAUGUUGCUCCAGGAAUACGGCCAAUAAAUGGAGCUCAAGAAAUACAGGCAAUGAAUGUGGCUCCAGGAAUACGGCCAAUAAAUGGAGCUCAAGAAAUACAGGCAAUGAAUGUGGCUCCAGGAAUACGGCCAAUAAAUGGAGCUCAAGAAAUACAGGCAAUGAAUGUGGCUCCAGGAAUACGGCCAAUAAAUGGAGCUCAAGAAAUACAGGCAAUGAAUGUGGCUCCAGGAAUACGGCCAAUAAAUGGAGCUCAAGAAAUACAGGCAAUGAAUGUGGCUCCAGGAAUACGGCCAAUAAAUGGAGCUCAAGAAAUACAGGCAAUGAAUGUGGCUCCAGGAAUACGGCCAAUAAAUGGAGCUCAAGAAAUACAGGCAAUGAAUGUGGCUCCAGGAAUACGGCCAAUAAAUGGAGCUCAAGAAAUACAGGCAAUGAAUGUGGCUCCAGGAAUACGGCCAAUAAAUGGAGCUCAAGAGAUACAGGCAAAGAAUGUUGCUUCAGGAAUACGGUCAAUGACUGUAGCUGAAGAAAUACAGGAAAUGAAUGUAGCUUCAGGAAUACGGCCAAUGAAUGUAGCUCCAGGAAUACGGCCAAUGAAUGUAGCUCCAGGAAUACGGCCAAUGAUUGUAGCUCCAGGAAUACGGUCAAUGAUUGUAGCUCCAGGAAUACAACAAAUAAAUGUUGCUCAAGAAAAACAGCCAAUAAAUGUAGCUCCAGGAAUACGGUCAAUGAAUGUAGCUCCAGGAAUACGGCAAAUGCAUAAAGCUCCAGAAAUACAGCAAAUGAAUGUAGCUCAAAGAUACGACCAAUUAAUGUAG